UGUGCUUGUCCCGGUGAUGGGACCUCUGUCUGGGAUCUGAGCGGCUCCACGUUAUGUUUUCUCAUUCUAAUGAGAUUGCUGUCGAGGUUCCUGGGUCUUUAGGCACAGAUUUCAUUGUGCUGAAUGACUGGAGCAUCUGUCACCGUGUUUGGACCUCCUUUAUAAGAAUUUUUAGAGGAAGGAGGAAACAGAUUUUCUGAUAAAGCAGAAAAUCUCUUCUCAACAUGGCUUUGGAAAUCACAUAUGCUGAAGUGAGGUUCAAAACUGAAUCAAAGUCCUCAGGCACCAACUCACUGUCUCCUGAUGCCCCCAGAGAGAAGACCACCUUUCACCAAAGCAAUUCUGGCUUUCUCAAGCUGCUUCUCAUCACAUUGUCGACAGUUUUCUUCCUCUUGACAAUCUUAUUUCUUGCCGCUUUCAUCAUUUUCUUUCAGAAAUAUUCUCAACUUCUUCAAGAAAAGAAGCCUCUUAGAGAAAGCUCACCGAAGCUCUCAGAACUGGAGUGUAUAAAAACCAAUUCAACCACAGAAGGUAAAAUUUGCUAUUUUGCCUUAGAACUCAGUUGCUGA